GAUGCGGAAAUCGAGGGUGCUGUGUUUGGCCAUGAUUGCGAUGAGUGGUGUAUCCAAGGCCGCUGCUACUCUUCAAGGACACUCACAGCCAUUGUUGAACUCACACACUGUGGAAUGCCAGAUGCGCGGGAUGAAAGGGAAGUUGGCGAGUGUACGAAACCAACUCGCAAAUGAACAGCCAUUCGAUCAGACAGAGUUCACAUCGCCGGUGUGGCCCUCGGGGCCUGUUUCAGCUGGCCUGUGAUGCCGCCCCACACCUUGAUGGUCUUGUCAUUCGAGCCAGAUACAAUCCACUUGCCAUCGGGUGAGAUCGCCACAGAGGUCACACUGUCCGUGUGUCCCUCGAGGGUGUGCUUCGGCUGGCUGGUGGCCGAAUCCCAUACUCUGAUGGUCGCAUCAUCCGAGCCAGAGACGAUCCACUUGCCA